CUGGUAGUUCAGCGCUCAGAAGCCCAGAGGAACUGAAGCCGCAGCAGCCCAAGGAAAACAUGAUUGUUCAUCUUAUGUGAAGACAUGUAUGCCACUGAAGCGGCCGAGUCGCUCCUACAAUCCGAAGAAACCUUCUCUGCGUGUCUAGCGCGUAUCAACGCCAUCGUUCUCAAGCCCCUGCUCCAGGCGGAGCCUCAUGAGCAGAAAGGAAAGGAUAACUUGAAAUUAUUGCUGCUUUUGAACGACUGCUUCCACGCUCUCUGGGACCUGACAGAGGAAAACCACCGGACGCUGAAAGAGAAGUUCAGCAUCUCCCCGUCGCUCUGCCUCCAAGACCUCUACAUCCUGUGGAAGGGAGAUCUGUUUCUCAGUGUCUACAUCCAAUACUUUGUCACCUUUGCAAACUGUGUUGUAGUCCAGGGCUUUGACCAGGCGGCAAAGAAUAAAAGUGAAUUCUGGAAGACACACAAGACAGCACUGAAGCAAUUCCUUGCAGACUUCACCUCUGAGACAUCCAUACCGGUGGCCCUGCAUACAGUACUCCAUAAACCUCUCCGGGAUCACGUGCAGCAAUAUGCCCUCAUCCUUACCAGGCUCAGCGAGGCCAUUGGCAAGAGCCCGGACCGAGAACUCGUCACCAGUGCGGCCAAGCAAUAUGCCAAGCUGCAGUCUUUCAUCAGCCAAGUCCUGGAUGAAGCCUGCCUGACCAAAGCCCUGUGGAAGUCCUUGGGACACAAACUCACGGAGUGGCUCUGUGUUCCUGAGCGCAGGCUGCUGGAAGACAGCAAAAACCUUCCGGUCUUCGCCAGCGUGGGCCGAACCAACCGGGUUUUGCUCUUUGAUGACAUCCUAGUGCUGAUUCAGGGGAACAACUGCCAGAGUUUUGAUCUGAAGCUUGUGUGGGUGGACGGAUCCGGCAGUGAAAAGCCAGCCCCAGAGAAGCAUACGAUCCAUAUCGUCACACCAGAAGAAGCGUUCUUCCUCUCGGCCAAAGAGCCACGCAUGAAGGCAGUCUGGCAGUGGAAGCUGAACCAAGCCGUGCGCCAGGCGCUGAAUGGGAAGAGAGAUUUCCCCUUGUGGGGCGAGGCCAGGGAGGGAAGCGAGCCUCCUGUCCAUCGCUGCUUCAAGUACGUGUUCCGAGCAGAGGGCAGAUUCAAGAACGCCGCGUACGAAGGUGAAUGGUACUGGGGGAAACCACAUGGCAAGUUUGGAAUCUGCCUUGUCCCGCUCCUCUCCGAAGACAGGUACGACUGCUACAAAUGCCACUGGUGUGAAGGCAAAAUGCGAGGCUAUGGAAUCUGUGAGUAUGGAAAUGAGACGGUUUACAAAGGAUACUUUAACGAUAAUCUGCGUCAAGGAUUUGGCAUCCUGGAAAACCCUUCAGUGGAGCAGCCAUUUAAGUACACAGGGCAGUGGGAUAAUGACAAGAAGAAUGGAUAUGGAGUCUGGGAUGACAAGGACAGAGGGGAGAGGUACAUUGGGAUAUGGCAAGAUGACCACAGGCAUGGACAAGGCAUUGUGGUGACCCAGUCAGGCGUGUGCUACCAAAGAACGUUUCAUGUGGAUAAAAUGGUGGGUUCCGGGAUUCUCCUCUUAGAAAAUGAUUCCAUUUAUGAAGGCAACUUCACAAGAGAUCUGACAUUUGUUGGAAAGGGAAAGCUGACCUUUUCCAAUGGCUUCACUCUGGAGGGCACCUUUAGUAACAAAUCAGGCCAAGGGCUUCAGACGCAAGGAAUCUUGAACACUUCCAGUGACCAGCAAGAUGCCUCAAUAACCAAAGUUCAGCUGGGUCUUGAUGAGUUCCCGGUGGAGAAGAGAUGGCAGGGUAUCUACGACCAGUUUCUGGGAUUCCUCCACUCUGGCUGCAAAGAAGAAAUGGAGGAGUCCUUCACCGGGUUCCAUAUACAGACAAGCCGGGAGCUGCGCAAGUCUCAGGAGUACCUCUUCUGCGAAAGGGGGCCCGAGGAUGUCUCUGGGAAGAUAGAGGAUGUCCUUGAAGAACUAGUUCAGCAUCAGGAGCUGGAGUCGCUCCAGUGUUAUUUACAAAAGGCUUUCAAGUCUUCCCUGCACCCACUAGGAAAGCUGUUGAAGGCCCUGACGUUCGCUUUUCAGGCUACAUACUCUGGGAUCGGGGCAAACAAGCACCUACUGAACAUGGCCCAAGAGGAGGUCAAGUACUAUGCCAAGAAAAUAUGGGAGCUUUACCAGGGUUUACUACAUCUGGCAUUGGAGCAGAAAGGCCAACCGCUGGCAGAGACAGAAGAUGGAGAGAAAAGUGACCUGAAUGCAUACAGAGUGAUUCUGCCUCUGAUCCUGCCCUGUUUCUAUCCGGAGCUGUUCAUGCUGUACAUGCUCUAUCAUGAGAAGGAAGAUGACCUCUACUGCCAGGGGAUUGUGGACCUGAGUUUAUUUCCUGACAUUAAGCUGCUAGAGGUCCUGGACGUACAGAAACACCUGUGGCCCCUCAAAGAUCUCACCCUAACGACCAAUCAGAGACGUUCUCUUGUCAAAGACAAGUGCUUCCUUUCUGCUACGGAAUGUCUGCAAAAGUUGAUCACUACUGUGGACCCCCGGGAAAAGCUGGAGAUCCUUCAGAAGACCUAUGAGGAGAUAGAGAGCACUGUGUCACGAGUAGUGGAGAGGGACUAUAAACUCCCAAUGGAUGACCUCUUGCCGCUGUUGAUGUAUGUCGUAUCGCGGGCCAGAAUACAACAUCUAGGAGCUGAGAUACAUCUGAUCAGAGAUUUGAUGGACCCUACCAAUGAAGGAGGGAUGUAUGACUUUCUGUUAACAGCACUGGAGUCGUGUUACGAGCACAUUCAAAAAGAUAUGAGGCUGCAUCAAAGGGAGACCUGGCAUGUGGCACGUGAUCCUUGACCUUCACAAUCCAGAGGACAUCUGGUUCAUGCACUUUGAUGACUGUACACUGUUAGGAGGUGAAGAGGGAAUUGAGUCACCGCUGUUGUAGUUCACUUUCCAAUGGGAAGAAUGUUUGUUCUAGACCAAGGCUUUUUUUUUUAUUAUUUUAAAGUACAAAACAGCUAGUGUUUGGACUUGUGGUGAUGCUUGCCAUCUACAAGGAGCAAGAUCCUUCCUCAACCUCUAACAUCUUUUGCCCUUGACAAAACCUGGUCCUGCAUUCCUCUGUCUGACAUGAAUAAAGCAAAAUAUGGUUUUUAUGAUGCCAUCCAUAAAAUUACAGCCCAACUCUAAUCCAAACGGUUGGAUAUUGACCUUUAAAUCGUCAAUUUUCAGCUAGUGUUCUGUGCAAACCCCAGGCCUUCCAUUUUUCAGAAUAAACCAUUUUGUGGCCUUUGCCAAAAACGUCUCACCCUACAGAUUAAUCCUAUUUUUCUGCAUUUUACAAGUCUGCCUCUGCUCCAUGACCUCAUUUCACGUCCUCCUGUUUUUGUUUGCAUUUAUUUUGCAAGGCCAAAAUAUCCUGGGGUGGAUGUUUUGAUUUAAAAAAAAACCUUAAAACCAAAAUGGAACUUCUCUGCUUUGUCUGCAUGGUCCUGUCUGAUGGAAUCAGCGGCCCAGAGAUAAGAGAUCCUUUUCCAUUUUCCCCCCCAUAACCACUUCCCGGAGAAGUGAAGAUACGUGUUGUAUAGCGGAGUGACGGAUCUUGCCCCAUUGUCCUUGCUAGAUAUGCCGAGCCAAAUCCCCUCUGCGCCAUCACUGUCGCAUUUUAAAGCUGCUAUUGACUAACUUGAUUUUUAGGGUACUUCAACUGUAAUUAUCAAUAUUUUUACAUCCUGCUGAAUCCUUUAAUCUCAGGGAUGUUACUCUCUAAACUUCCAUGCCUUGUUGCAGAUAGGGGCCACUCAGUUCACCUGGCGUACAUGGCACCAGGGGAACUAGAACUGCCUUGCACUGAAAGACCUCUGAAAUGCUGCAAGGCAAUUUAAUUAAAAAUAAAUGUGGUCUUGCACUACGGGUCCUGUGGAAAAGCCGGGAUCUACUUAAAAUGAUGUCUUUAGGUGCUGACAUGCUACCCUACUGACUCAAUGGGGUGUAAAUAGGACAGAAUCUGACCCUAUUAUUUCUAUGGUGGGUGUUUUUUUAUUAGAAAGGUAAACUGUAUCUAAAUGUUGCACUCAAACUGAAAUACACUAAAUCUGAAUGUCUGAGGUGCAUAUGAGAACAAAAGCUAUAUAUUUUAGAAUAAUUAAAUGGUGGGUUUUAACCUGUUUUUUUAAGAUGUGGGACGGUGUGAUAUUGUAACUACAUAAAACUACAGACUGCACCUAAUUAUCACAAGUAUGUUUUAACUAAAGAGUACACUGGAUGCAAUUGUUAAUAUAUUGAUUUGGAGCUGUGUUUUUUACAGUAACUUUGUAUUUAA